AUGGGCCACCAUGAGCGACCAUGGAUCAGCAUGGGCCACAAUGGGUCACCAUGGGCCACCAUGGGUCACCAUGGGCCACCAUGGAUCACCAUGGAUCACCAUGGGCCACCAUGGGUCACCAUGGGCCACCUUGGACCACCAUGGGCCACCAUGGGCCACCAUGGGCCACCUUGGGCCACCAUGGGUCACCAUGGAUCACCAUGGAUCACCAUGGAUCACCAUGGGCCACCAAGGGCCACAAUGGGUCACCAUGGGCCACCAUGGGCAACAAUGGGUCACCAUGGGCCACCAUGGGCCACCAUGGGCCAUAAUGGGUCACCAUGGGCCACCAUGGGUCACCAUGGGCCACCAUGGGUCACCAUGGAUCACCAUGGGCCACCAUGGGUCACCAUGGGCCACCUUGGGCCACCAUGGGCCACCAUGGGUCACCAUGGGCCACCAUGGGUCACCAUGGGCCACAAUGGGUCACCAUGGGCCACCAUGGGCAACAAUGGGUCACCAUGGGCCACCAUGGGCCACCAUGGGCCAUAA